ACGUGACCGCAGUGGAAAAGACGCGUUGAUACCGGACGCUGGGUCUUGUCUCUGGUCCUGGUCCUGGUCCCCUCCAGCCCCCCUCCAGUCCCACCCACCGCUCUGCAACACCAAACACACUAAACGUCCUCUCUCUUCAUCGGAGCCGUUUCCCUUUUCUGCUUUUUAUUCCGCAAUAGAAAGAGAGCGAGAGCGGGAGGGAGAGAGAGAGGGGAAGGGUGAGUUUUCAUUUCUUCCUCUCUCUUUUUUUUGUUUCUAAAAGGAUUUGAUUUUUGACUUGGAUUUGGAUCCGGGUCGGUUUCCUCCUUCCUCGGGGCUGCGGCUGCAGGACCAGAGCCGGUGCCUCUUGCGAGCGUAUUUAAUCAAAGAAACUGGUUUCGAAACAAAGAAGAUUUUUUUUUCUCCCCCCCUUUCUUCCACCAACAACCUCCACCCGGUCUGCCAGUCAUUUCUCCCCCAACACCACUGCAGUUGUCAAGUUGGAGCCCUGCUGGGAAAUGGACAAACCCCUCUAAAACUGAAGACGUAGCCCAGCCGCACCGACACAACCACGGGACGUGAUUUGGACGAGGACCCGCCGAGUGGAGCGUUGAACCAGCGAAACAUGUUUACUCCCCUGUUUCCACGGUAACCGAGAGGAGCGUUCACAUCCAGGCCAGGAGCUAACCUCAGCGAUCAUCUCCUCCACUCCGCCCUCUGCGAGAACUGCACUACCCACAAUUCCCGUGACUUGAAAAAACUACAGUCGACUUUCACUUUACCCCCCCCCCGCGACAAAGCGGCGCGCAGAGGAACGACACUGCUGUGAAGAGAGGACCAACAUGGCCAACAACACGGCGGAUCACCCUCCGGGGAAUUCGGUUGCCGAGGGCAACCAUGACGGGGACUUUGGGGUGACCGUGAUGGAUCUAAGGGACCUGAUGGAGCUACGGAGCGGCGAGGCUGUCAACAAGAUACAAGACACUUACGGGGAUGUGCAGGGCAUCUGCCGCCGCCUCAAGACAUCACCCAUAGAAGGUCUGUCUGGUAACCCGGUGGAUUUGGAGAAACGUCAUGCAGCGUUUGGAAAAAACUUCAUCCCCCCAAAGAAGGCCAAGACAUUCCUGCAGCUGGUGUGGGAGGCUCUGCAGGACGUCACACUCAUUAUCCUGGAAAUUGCUGCAAUCAUCUCACUGGGCUUGUCCUUCUACCAUCCACCAGGGGGUGACAGUGAAGCAUGCGGCCAGGUUUCAGGUGGCGCCGAGGACGAGGGCGAGGCCCAGGCUGGCUGGAUCGAGGGCGCCGCCAUCCUCUUCUCUGUCAUCAUCGUGGUCCUGGUGACGGCCUUCAACGACUGGUCCAAGGAGAAGCAGUUCCGCGGGCUGCAGAGUCGCAUCGAGCAGGAACAAAAGUUCACAGUCAUCCGCAAAGGUCAGGUCAUCCAGAUCCCCGUGGCCGAGAUCGUGGUCGGAGACAUCGCCCAGAUCAAAUACGGAGACCUGCUGCCUGCUGACGGGAUCCUGAUCCAAGGCAAUGACCUGAAGAUUGAUGAGAGCUCCCUGACCGGAGAGUCUGACCAGGUCCGGAAGUCUCUGGAGAAGGACCCCAUGCUGCUAUCUGGGACCCAUGUGAUGGAGGGAUCAGGCAGGAUGGUGGUAUCAGCUGUUGGCCUCAACUCUCAGACUGGCAUCAUCUUUACUCUGCUGGGAGCCAGUGAGAAUGACGAAGAGAAGAAGGUCAAGAAAAGUAAAAAACAAGGACCCCCCGAAAAUCGCAACAAAGCGAAGACCCAGGACGGCAUCGCUUUGGAGAUCCAGCCGCUGAAGAGCGAGGAGGCCGCCGAGUCUGAGGAGAAGGAGGAGAAGGAGGAGGCCAAACCUGUGAAGAAGGUGAACGUCACCAAGAAGGAGAAGUCUGUGCUGCAGGGAAAACUCACCAGACUGGCUGUACAGAUCGGGAAGGCUGGUCUGAUCAUGUCAGCUGUGACCGUCAUCAUCCUCAUCCUCUACUUUGUGAUCGACACCUUUGCGGUCCAGGGUCGGACCUGGCUGGCCGAGUGUACCCCCAUAUACAUCCAGUAUUUUGUCAAGUUUUUCAUCAUCGGCGUGACGGUGCUGGUGGUGGCCGUUCCCGAAGGCCUCCCGCUUGCCGUCACCAUCUCUCUGGCCUACUCUGUUAAGAAAAUGAUGAAAGACAACAACCUGGUGCGUCACCUGGACGCUUGUGAGACCAUGGGCAACGCCACGGCUAUCUGCUCUGACAAGACGGGGACUCUGACUAUGAACCGGAUGACGGUGGUGCAGGCGUACAUCGGUGAUACACACUACAAGAAAGUCCCCGAACCAGACGCCAUCAAACCAGAGACCCUGGAGAUGAUGGUCAACAGCAUCUCCAUCAACUCUGCGUACACCACCAAGAUCCUGCCUCCUGAGAAAGAAGGUGGCCUUCCCCGCCACGUGGGCAACAAGACCGAGUGCUCGCUGCUGGGCCUGGUGCUGGAACUGAAGAGGGACUACCAGCCGAUCAGAGAUGAGGUCCCCGAAGAGAAACUCUACAAGGUUUACACCUUCAACUCCUCCCGCAAGUCCAUGAGCACCGUGCUGAAAAAUCCAGACGGAGGCUUUCGCAUGUACAGCAAAGGGGCGUCAGAGAUUGUCCUGAGGAAAUGCUCUCGUAUCUUGGACGCCCAGGGUCAGCCUCGCAUCUUCAAGCCGAAGGAUCGCGACGAGAUGGUGCACAAGGUGAUCGAGCCGAUGGCGUGCGACGGGCUGAGGACCAUCUGCGUCGCCUACAGGGACUUUCCCGCCGAGGCCGGAGAGCCACAGUGGGACAACGAGAACGACAUCCUGAAUGAACUCACCUGCAUUGCUGUGGUGGGCAUCGAGGACCCCGUCCGACCUGAGGUGCCUGCGGCCAUUUCUAAGUGUCAGCGCGCCGGCAUCACUGUGCGCAUGGUUACCGGAGACAACAUCAACACUGCCCGCGCCAUCGCCACCAAGUGCGGCAUCCUGCUGCCCGGAGAGGACUUCCUGUGUAUGGAGGGCAAGGAGUUCAACCAGCAGAUCAGGAACGACAAGGGAGAGGUGGAACAAGAUCGUCUGGACAAAGUCUGGCCCAAACUGCGUGUUCUGGCUCGUUCGUCCCCCACAGACAAACACACUCUGGUUAAAGGCAUCAUUGACAGCACAGUGGGAGAAACGCGACAGGUGGUGGCAGUGACAGGAGACGGCACCAACGACGGCCCCGCCCUCAAGAAGGCUGAUGUUGGCUUUGCCAUGGGAAUCGCCGGCACAGACGUGGCAAAAGAGGCAUCCGACAUUAUCCUGACCGACGACAACUUCACCAGUAUUGUCAAGGCCGUCAUGUGGGGGAGGAAUGUGUACGACAGCAUUUCAAAGUUCCUUCAGUUCCAGCUGACUGUCAACGUGGUGGCUGUGAUCGUGGCUUUCACUGGCGCCUGCAUCACACAGGACUCUCCUCUGAAGGCCGUCCAGAUGCUCUGGGUCAACCUGAUCAUGGACACUCUGGCUUCUCUCGCUCUGGCCACCGAGCCGCCCACCGAGUCCCUGCUGCUACGUAAACCCUACGGCCGCGACAAGCCUCUGAUCUCCAGGACCAUGAUGAAGAACAUUCUCGGCCACGCCGUGUACCAGCUCGUCAUCAUCUUCACCCUGCUCUUCGCCGGCGAAACGUUUUUCGACAUCGACAGCGGCCGCAACGCCCCCCUGCACUCCCCGCCCUCAGAGCACUACACCAUUGUGUUCAACGUGUUUGUCAUGAUGCAGCUCUUCAAUGAAAUCAACGCCAGGAAAAUCCACGGAGAGAGGAACGUGUUCGAGGGCGUCUACAGGAACCCCAUCUUCUGCAGCGUCGUGCUGGGCACCUUCGCCCUGCAGAUCGUCAUUGUUCAGUUCGGGGGGAAGCCGUUCUCCUGCACGGCCCUGACCAUCGACCAGUGGCUGUGGUGUGUGUUCAUCGGUGUGGGAGAGCUGCUGUGGGGACAGCUGAUCUCAGCCAUCCCCACUCACCACCUCAAGUUCCUGAAGGAGGCGGGCCACGGCAUCACGAAGGAGGAGAUCCACGAGGAGCAGAUGACAGAAGGCGCGGACGAGAUCGACCAUGCUGAGAUGGAGCUGAGGAGAGGCCAGAUCCUCUGGUUCAGAGGUCUGAACCGAAUCCAGACGCAGAUUAAAGUGGUGAAUGCGUUCCGUAGCUCCCUGUAUGAGGGGCUGGAGAGCCCAGAGUCCCGUAGCUCCAUCCACAGCUUCAUGGCCCAUCCCGAGUUUGUACCCCUGUCCGAGGAGGAGGAGGCUCGCAUCCCCAUCAUCGAGGAGACCGGAGACGAGAUUGAGACCAUCCCCAGCUCCUCGUCUGGGGCCACGGGAGGAGGAGACCCGCCUAGGGCCGUCCCUCACGACAACGAGUCAACCAUCUGAGCUCCUCCUCCUCCUCCUGCUCCUCCUUCCACUCCCCCUCCUCCUCCUCCUCCUCCUCCUCCUCCCUCCUCUCCAUCAGCAUCGUGUGUCACCCCACCAACCGAACUGUCACACCAAGGAGGGACAUCAGGACUCUGCUCAUCCCCUCAUUCUGCACACACAUGCUACACAUCGUCUUCCCCCCACCCACCCUCGGUCAUCCUGCCACGUUGUGUUUCUCAUCCUGACUGUGGUGUCGUUCUUCCUGUAAGUCUGUUCCUCCACCACUACCGCCACCACCACGCCAGAAUCAGUCGAGGGUGGAGUCCAGAGUCUCCACAGUGGAAGGCCUGUCCCAGUACCUUUUAUGUAUUUUUUAGUUUUGUUUAGUUUUGUUUUUAGUUUUUUUGUUUUUUUUUUUACUUGACGAUCCUUUUUGAAAAGCUUUCAAACUGUGUUGGGUUCAAUUUUUGCGGGACUCGCAGCAGCAUGUCGUGUUGUGUAUUCGCUUCAUUCCUGCGUCCUCAAAAAAACGCACCGAACUUUUCAAAGAGUGCAGUGAUUCUGAUGUACAUACGCUUCGCUCUUCUACACAGCUAUAAGCCGGGUGUUGUUCAGAAGAUUUUUAGGCAAAUGCAAAAAUGUAACCCUUUUUGUUUCCUUUCCUUUAGUUUUUUUUUUUAAUUUUAAAUUUUAGAUGGUGACCAUUUGUUUGUUCUUAACACGAAGUUCUUAACGAAUGUUCAUUUUAUGGUUGAUUCAAACUCCUGAGAAUGUCUUGUGAGUGUGACACUACAGUCUUCAAGGUUCAGCUGUUCAAAAAAAAAAAAAACUGUUCUUCCCUUUAUCGUGUCUGUAUGUGUUGGUUUUUCUUUAGCUGCCGUGUUGCAUGUGGAAGGAUAGAAAACGUUUACUACCCGAAAACCACCCAACGUGGCGGCGCCCAGAGAGGCCCCGUUUGACCGGAUCCCAUUCAGUCAGGGUUCUGGUUCCCUCUCCCCCUCCCCCCCCCCAGAACGUCCACUGUGUCGGUAGGAAAUAGGAAAGUGUGGUUCAUGGUCCCCUCCCCCUCCCCCCCUCUAGUAGGAUGCAUGAUUUCUUUCAUUCGUGUUGAGUCGCAUGAUAACUUAGGAAUGAGUAUUUGGGAUUCUGUUCGUUAGUCUGCAGCAGCGUCUUGUUCAGAGCUCCAUGAACAUCUUGUCUGUUCAUCCUGAAGACUGGACAUUGUGUCAUGACGGGAGGACGCAACUGACUCACCAAUACUCGGCCGUGGACGUGGCUCACGUUUACAUGCAGCGAUGAGGUUUCCGAGGCCUGGAGCCAGGAGUCAAGUUCUCUAGAGUCAGAGAGCAAAAGCCUUUCUCGAUGUUGUCACAACACACAUGUAGCACUGGUAAAAAAUGAGGCCAUGGCACUUAGAGGACUGAUGACAAUAACAUCGUCUCGCACUAAUUUAUCAGUUUUUAUUUGCGUCAAGGUUUUAAACACCUGUACUCAUACUGGAGAUGAACACCCUCUUAAAAUUCCCACUGUGUUUUUCUCAAAGGAUAAAUAACUCUGACCCAUAAGUGUUUACGGGCUUUUCUACGCAGUAUUUGAACGAUAGCGCCACGGACGAGGCUUAUCUCCUCACACUAAAGUUCAGCCCAGACCUGACGUCCACCUCAGAUCACGCGGAGGUGUGAUGGAUAGAGCGUCCCAAUAAAACGCAAAAUGAAUCACUUGUCCGGCUUCUCCAAUAUAUCCUUUAGUCUCAGCACGUAACUGUGUCAUUUCAUCUCAUGCGGACAACCUUUUGCCUCAGUGUAGUUGUAGAGUCUGAUGAAAGCACUUGAAUGAAUGGCGAGACGUCUUCAGGAAAACUCAACCCUUGCUUUAGCUUUAAUUUAGAUUGUGGGAGCCCUCACAGACGCUUUGCUCUUCCAUAGGCUCUAAAACCUGCCGUUGAGCUGGAACAAAACGUUAAAAACGGAACGAGGGCAGUAUUGAUCGAGUCUGUUGAAGUUCAUUUGACCAGACAGGAAGUAAAUGGAGCUUUGACGAGCGCCUGGACCGUCUGCCUGUGUUGAAGACAAAUCUUAGUACCGCUUCUGAUGUGUUCGUCCCCUCGUUUGUCCAUUUUUAUGAGACUAAAUCAGCCGUCAGUGACGUCACACGGUCCGUAGCGGAGAGAAGGUGUUCGUUUCCAUCGUCGCCAUCGCCCUCCUCCCGCUCCUCCUCCUCCUCCUCCUCUCUGACGUGUUUGAUUGACAGGCGUCGGCGUGGCGGCCACGCCGAGGUUUAUGGGAGACUGACGACGUCACCAGUCGGCCCGUGCAGUCAGAUCCACUGUGUCCCCGCCGCUUGACGUCGUCCGCGGUCCUCAAAAGAACAAAAGAAUCGUCCUCCAAUCAGAAUCCGAAGCAGCGGUGCGUCUAAUCCCCUCUUAGCCCGACUAGCAGCCCCCAACCUAUCUACGAACACGUUAUCGAAGUAAUGUGCUACUACUGCCAUAUUUCCAACUCCUCUGUCAUGACUAGGUUCUUCCUUCCCCUUCGAUGAGCUUUUUCUAUGUAACUCAGAGCCAUAUUUUAUAGGUUGUCUGUAUUGUUUUUUAUCUCAUUGUUAUCGAGGUUUCCUUUGGACUUUCUUCCCCUCCCCACCACCACCCGGCCCUUUACUCCAAACACGACCAAAAAGCAAGGAGAAAACCCUUCAGUCGUCACUGCCGAACCAAGUUUCAAGGACCUCUACAAUGUUUACAUGAAAAGCGAGUCGGUGGCAGUUCGCCUGCGCUUCUCUCGUCCGACCACUUCCCUUUUCAUUCCCUUGCUUUCCUGAAUCUUAGAGUUACUAUUUAACUAAAUGGGGAAUCUUUCUUGCAUGGUUUUCAUAUAAAAUUCAAUGUUUUGCUCAUUUUUUACAAUUCUUCUGUAUUUUUAUAUUAAGUACUUUUUAAUAUUUUGGAGAUAUAUGAAUAUAUAUGUAUAGGCUGAAGAGUUUGGUGACAGUACAGUACAUGAAUGAGAUGAAUCUACCGUGGACUCUGUCUUUUUACAGCUCUCUAAAUAUUUAUGCCACGUGUGUCGUCUUGGUCACCUGAUGUUAGGGCUCAGAAACCUGCAGUGACUUGUUUACUUCCUGUUGGCCCCUCAAUUGGAAUCUCAACAAUCUAGCCUCAUCAGCCCCCCCUUUGACAUGAGUAUAAUCACUUUAUCUAAAAUGUUGUGACACACUACACACUAUGUGAUUUUAUCAAACUCCACUAGGGUUCAGCAAAUGCAACAUGAAUACAGCUAACUGAACAUUAAACGGGAGUGUAUAAUUGUUUAUCCGAA